UUUUUGAAAAAUCCAGGUAAAAUGAUAAAAUAGGUUGUUUCUGUGCGUUGUGCAACACGUAUUUAUGUAUGUGUAACCUGUUAUCAUACCGUAAACAAUUAAGAACAUCUAAACCUUUCAAAAGUUAACAAAAAACUCAAAAGUUAUAUAAAAAUGGCAACAGCGAAGUUACAAACAAAAGAAUCAAGAACCAGACUAGCACGUAUAUUAUUAGUUGUAUCAGAUGUGUUUCCAGAAAUAAUGCAAGAACUUCUAUUAAAUAGUAUUCCACCACGAACACUUUUUAAUAUGAUUCAAAAUGACAAAAAAGUUAGUGACAAUCUCAAUUCAAAGGAACAAAAGAUUGUUCAAGAUAUGUACCAAAGGGGAUAUGCUGACGUGGAUGUGACUUUUGCUUAUAAGUUGCUUAAAUAUUUUAAUCUUAUACCAACCCCAACACAGCUAUGGGGACGAGAACCUAGGUCCUGUGAUUUAUCAGUCAGUGAUGAUGUGGAAAGAAUUCACCAUUUGCGUAACAGUGUUUGCCAUAGAGCUUCGAAAGAAGUUUCGGAAACAGAAUUGCAAAAGUAUUUUACAGAUUUUGUUGAAAUUGGAAGACGUUUAGAUACGUACCUUCAGAAAAGUUCGACUUUUGGUUUUUCCACAAAAGUAUUGUCGCUACGAUCUAAUUCAAUUGACGCAGAAACAGAAGAGAAAUAUACAAAUGCACUUGAAGAAAUUUGUGAGUUGAAAUUGCAACUUAGACAUAAAUUGAAGAAUGAUAAAACGCUGAAUAUUUACUAUGGGGUAGAUUUUGAAAGCAUGAUACAGGAAACAAAUGAAAAAGUCUGCGAAGACGAAGGCGAAGUUGCAGCAACAAUAGUAAUACAUGGUUGUGACAAUGAGGAAGAAAUCACAGAAAAAAUAAAUAAUUUGAAAGAAAAUUUGAAUACUGGCAGAUAUACAAUUAAGCUAAACAGUGCGUCACACGGAAGCAUUUUAUUAUACGUCUCAAUACAGACAAAAAUGUUAAAAUACAGAAAAAGUUUUCUGGCCGAAGUAACUGGAUUUGUGGAAGACAUAUUGGGCAUUUCUACAGUGGACUGUGACGUUACAGCUACCCUACGUCUAUUUGAUACCAUUUUAGAUAAAGACGGUUGUACCAAAAGUUCAACUAGGCAGAAUAAGUGGCCAUCGACAUAUGUUAUGGAACCAGGAAUUCAGAAAAAACCAAUACGAUUAGAUGUAGGAAUAAAAAUCAAAACACUAGAGUCGUCGACUUGCUUGCAUGAAAAUGUAAUUGGUUUCGUGACGAAUGUUUUAGAAACAGCAAAUGAAAAUGUCAUUUCACAAGAGCAACAUGUGAUCGAUGUCAUCUUACAAGGAGAACAUACGGAUUUUCAUCGUCAAGGAAAUAUUUACAAACCUUGCGACGAUUGUUCAAACGUACAACCUCAAAUCUCAACGUAUGGUUGUUCAACAUGUAGAAAGUUCUACUGCCACAGGUGUUUUGAUAUACAUACUCAAUCUAAUAUACACCACAAGGUUUUUCGAAACAUCGAUGUCUAUCCAUUUGCAUGUCUGAUUCACCAGAAUGAAUGCAUAUCGUCAUUUUGCAGUUAUCAUGAUCAACUGUGCUGUAGUGUAUGCAAUUGUAAAUUUCAUCCAAAAUGCAAAACGGUCGACAUUUGUGAAUAUAAACGUUUGAAUUCGUCUUUCGAAGCAGAUAUUCAACAGAGAUUACAAGACGCAAAAGACGUCCAAGUAGAUAUUGUGGAAAGACUGUCCGAAAAUAAUUCACAUCUGACAGCAAAUCAUCAGCAAAUUUCAUUUCGGUUACAUGAAAUUAAAGAAAUUUUAAAUCAGCGACUGUGUGAUUUAGAAAUUGAAGCAGAAGAAAAAUUAUCGGAAAUAGUUAACGAUAACAAAAGCCUCUCGAACGAAUUACUUAGUCGAAAUAGCACGUUAAAGCAAUUUGAUUUUGACAUUGAAUUCAAUAAAUCCAAACAUUGGAAUGAAGAUGGACAUAAAUUUGUUCUAUUAAAACUAAUUGAAAAACAUUUAGCAAAUGAGGAAAUAUAUUUAGACUUCGUUCGUAAUAAACUGCAAGUGUCAAAUAUUAAUUUACAAGAUGGCAAUAUUGAUCCUGUGCUAUCCGCAUUCGGACAGAUAUCAGUAGUUCAAGAAAAAGUCAUUUUGCCCUCUCUUAGGAAAAUUAAACAAAGUCAGGUACCCGUGCUACGACAAAGGAGCUCCAUAGCAAUUUCAUUAACAUUCAAGUUUAUUGCAUCUGAUUUCAAUGACAGGGCAAAAAUUUCGGCUGGACGUUUCUUGCUAGAUGGAAAGUAUCUGUUGAAAGAUUCUGUGUAUAACUGUUUAUACAUUUGUCAAGAAGAUGGGAGCUUUCAUGAACAGAUCAAUUUAGAAAACUGGCCAGCUGAUAUUACAGUAGUCAAUGAAAAUUUAGUAGCUGUUGCUUUAUGGGAGAAUGGUAUACAGAUUGUUGAUGUGAAUUCUUUAGAAGUAAAACCUAUUUGCGAGAUUGGGUUUGUUUCCGCCCUUGCCAGUUAUAAGGAAAUGCUUGUCAUUGUGUUAGAUGGUCAUCUAGUUCGAACCGAUUUAAAAGGAAACAUCAUCAAGGUUUUAGAUAGGACAUGUGCUGCCAUUUCUAUAAGUGUAGACCAGGAAGGAACAAUUUACUACACUGAUGAAACUAAUAUUUAUUGCAUUGAUUGGGAUGGUGGAACAAUAUUUAAAAGAAAAUUGAAGUAUCUAGAUCCAGAAAAUAUGUGCGUUAAUAAAUACGGAGAGGUGUUUGCACUAAACACUAAUGAAAAUAACGUCUAUAAAUUAUCCAAAUCACUUAAACACUAUGAAGUAAUUUUGGGCCAAGAAAAUGACAUAAAACAGCCAAGAGGAUUAGCAUAUAAUGACAACGAUGACCGUUUGAUGGUCAUAAAUGCAGACGGUGCUGCGGUUGAUACAUUCAAAUUAAAUUAGUGUAGUUUAA